CUUCCCAAGUCCCCCCCCCCCCCCCACCUACCGGCUACCGAGAAGCAGAAGCGCACGAGCCGCCCAAGAGCAAGCGACCUUGAAUGGCCCGCGAUGGCGGCAGCGGGUUACCGGCGGCGGAGCGGCGGAGAGUGGCGCUGCGUGUCCUUCUCGCCGGUGGAGAGUCCUCCUCGUCCUCGCUGCCGCCGGCGGCGGAGGAGGCCGUGAGGCCGCCGAGCAAGGGGCUGCUGCGCGGGCUCGGGUGCACGUCGGCGGCGGCGGCCCAGGCCCACAAUCCGGCCGCUGCGGCGGACUGGCGCGGGCUCGGGUGCACGUCGGUGGCGGCGUCCCAGGCUCACGCGCCAGCCGCUGCGGUGGACGCCGCGCGGUCUUCGGCGGACUGGCGCGGGAGGCGACGGAGGAAGGGGAAGGAGAGGCGGAAGGCGAGGGGCGGAGGAAGCGGCGUUGUGAGUGGUGGGGGGAUGGGCGGGGACGUGUGGUAUACUCCGGGGAUACCGUUCGCCGCCGAGGCGUCGUCGGUGGAUUGCGUGGUGGCGCCGCACCAGCCGACGGUGGUUACGCGCCGCCACGCCCAUGCAGAGAGGCCGCGCAGAGAGAGGCCCGGCGCACCUCCGGCUAGGAGGGUCACCAUGCGGGAGCACAUGUCCUCGUCUCCCAUGAAUUCACCGCCACAGCAUGGCAUGCCGUUCAUUGAUGCCGACCGUAUACCUUCUGCCCGCAACCGACAUAUGAGUGGGCUCCGGCACUCUCGCGCACGGCUUGAGGAAGAGAUGAUGAUGUUUCGAGCAAGGCUAUUAUUGGGAAGAAUGGGUAUGUAUGACCAGUAUCAGGAUUGGCGCCUUGAUGUUGAUAACAUGACAUACGAGGAACUGCUAGAUCUUGAGGACCGGAUUGGCUAUGUAAGUACAGGGUUGCGCGAGGAUGAGAUCAUUCGAAGCCUUAGGAUGGUCAAAUACUCGGCACUAAACUACAAGCAUUUUUCAACAGAAAUGGAUAAGAGAUGUAGCAUUUGUCAAGAAGAGUUUGAAACAAACGAGGAAGCUGGGAAGCUCAAUUGCGGCCACAGCUACCAUGUGCAUUGCAUAAAGCAGUGGCUCUCCCGGAAGAACGCCUGCCCGGUUUGCAAGACCACUGUCUCAAAGACCUGAAGGCUCUACACGAUACCACACUUAAUUGGGUUGAAAUGUGAAGAGUAUGUGUUCUUCUGUGUUGCUGUACAGCCAUCCGCAUAUUUGAAUGUACAAACACAGGAUCCAAGACUUUAUUUGCAAAUAGAAAUUACACGUUCUUCA